GUCGAGCCACAGCCUGACGAGCCCGGCGUCCUCUUCAUCCGUGCCCCCUGGACCGAUUUCCCUGGUGCAGAUAGUCACCCUGACGGCCUCACAUACUCAAUCCUCGCGGAGCAUCCGGAGUGGUUCCUCGACGCCAGGGACUUUCUCUCCGAGACCAACGACGACCCCAAAGCUAUCGCGUACCCCGUGGUCCUUGAGCCCCCUCGUGGCUGGUGCCCUGCAAAGAAGAAGGAUGUCAAGGCGAAGUCGCAGAACGGUGGCAACCCCGAUGAGCCCAAAUUGCGCUGCACCUUCUGCCGUCGGACGUACUUGGGCGUCAAUGCUAAGAGCAUGUGGCGGAGGCACGUAUACGAGAAGCACAAGAUUGCUAUGGCCAAUAGAAGGGAC